UUGCAGCAAGCUCCGAGGAAGCUGCUUGAUGAGGAAGACAUGUCUCCCGGAUCAGGUAGCAUUGAUGAGCCGUCUCUACCUCUGACCACUCCUCCAGCAUCUACGGACCGAGGCCGCACACCGCCGUCGCCGCACCCGCGCCGGAAGCCGGACAGAUCGUGUGUGCUAUGCCACCGGAGGAAGAUCCGGUGCGAUAGGCAGACGCCGUGCUUGGCAUGUGUGAGAGCUCGUCUCACGUGCACCUAUCCGGUCUCUGAUAAGCCUAUUCGUCGGGUUCGCAAGGCUACCAUAGCUGAUGUCGCGUCGAGGAUCUCGGACCUUGAGAAGACUAUUGUAGCGGCGUCCAUCGACCAUGGGAAUACAGCACGACGAUCACUAUCGGCCAAUGCAUAUGCCAAUACACAUGUGUCUGCGUCGGUGGGCUUACCAGCGAGCCUGCCGGUAAGUCCUCAUGAGUCUCCCCAGGAGCCUCAGGAACUUCCUUCAGAGGAGGUCCUGAUCAGGAAUGGUACCUCAAGCCAAUACUUCAAUGAACUUCUUAUUUCCAAGGUGAUCGAAGAGGAUCAAGACAAGUCCUCGCUGCUGCAUACACCGCGCAACGAGACCAAAGAGCAGGAUUUUGACUCACCCUUUAGUCUUAUUGGCUUGCUAUCCAGUCCGUCCGUCUUCGAGGAAAAGGAGAGAGGAUGGAGGCUAUCUCGACUAUGCGCCACUCAGUUAUGGCAUCUCUUUGUCCAAAACGUCGAUGCCACCAUGAAACUACUGCAUAUCCCUACAGACGAAGUGACUAUUUUCACCGCCAUCCACCAGCCUGAAUCCGUAGCCAGCGACGUUCUCGCCCUCGUCUCAGCCGUAUAUUUUUCGACCACUCUGACACUGGAGCCGGAUGAGGCUCAACAUGUUCUUGGUGUGGACAAGUCUACCGCUUUGCGCACGUUUAAGAGGGAAUUUCAGAUGCACCUGUCAAGGGCAGAUAUGCUGGAGAACCCAACAGCAUCAGCGCGAGCUUACUACCAUGGCAGGGGCAUCUGGAUCCUGAAUGGGCUUGCCGUGAGAAUGGCACACUCCAUUGGCCUCCAUCGAGACGGAACCAAGCUAGGGAUGUCGCCCUUCGAGUCUGAAGUUCGACGGCGGCUGUGGUGGCACUUUCUGGCGAGGGAUUCAAGAGCCGCAGAGGAUCACGGCAUCAGCUCAUGGUCGACGGUCCCCAGUUACGACACAAAACUGCCGCUCAAUGUGGACGAUAGCGAGCUCCGUCCAGAUAUGAGGGAGCUUCCGCCUCCUCACAAUGGAUGGACCAAAAUGAGUCUUCAGUUGACAUGCAUGGAAGUAGCCCAAACGCUGCAGAACAUGGCUAACCUCUCCAUGACGCCUUCGGGUUCGACUCCUAAAGAAGUCAUCAGGAGUAACAUGCUCAACCAGCUCAGGUCCCGUGUUGAGCACUACUUAAAACCGUGCAACCCGGUGAUACCGGUACAGAGGAUGACCAUGAAAACGGCCCUCGCCAUGGUCCACAAGAUCGACUUCGUCACGCGGCAGCAGCUUGCCAACAUGGAGAAUCCCGACAAGCGCAACGCAUUUGCCACAGAAGCAAAUCUGCUUUCGGCCCUGAGAUGUCUGGAAAUCCACCUCGAGCUGUGGAGUGACGAACUUCUUCGUCCAUAUCGAUGGUGCAUGUAUGGCCAUCCUCAGUAUCACAUGCUGCUAUACGUUCUCUGGCAUCUUUGCGUCUGUCCCACCGGCCCCAGCGUUGACCGAGCUUGGGUCGUCGUCGCGAGGACAUUCGAGCUGGAGCAAGUGAGGCUCUCUACGGCCGUUUCUGGACCGGCACUCAAGUCCGUCAUCUUGAAGAGACUGCACAAGAAGGCCGAAUUGAUACGGCAGUCGGCGAUACUGGAUGUCCGACGUUUUGACGGAGAAAACGUGGACUGGAGUAGUUUGAUGCAGAAUACCAUGCCCGAUUGGAACACACUUGUCGAGGACUUGCAUCUGGACUUGCACGAUUUCUCAAGCUAUUUUUGAUGAGGGACGACGCGUACACGUUUAUACCCCUUUCAUGAGGGCG